AUGGGAAAUACACAUUCCUCGGUGAAUAAUCUUCACAGCAAGAAAGAAUGUAGCAAGAAAUCUAAAAGCUUACCUAGUUCGCCGGCAACAAAAAGACCCGCACCACAUACGUCAAUUCCAGUUCCUGCAACUGCUCUCGUACAAAGAAGAUGUGCUCCUGAUAAAGUUCGUCCAUUGCCGCCCACGCCAAAUCAAUCUCAAACCGCACUGGGAAGUAAACAAAGUAAGAAACAGGGUGAUAAUCACGCGUAUGAUUCGCAACAGAACAUCGUCACAAAAGAGAAUGACGUUAGACAGAUAAGUAAAAAUCCCGCCAGUCCUUAUACAACCGAACCUACAACUACCUCAACCACAAGCCAACAAACAAAUUUAACGACAACAAAGCACUCUUCGGGCUUGCUGCGACUUUUCAACAAGGAUAAAACGCCUCGCGUGAAGUCUCAGGUGUCAAGUAAUGCUCGUGCAAGUAGCAGUAGUGGAUUUUCCUCGGCAAAAAGUGAAAAAAGUGACUCGAGUAUCAGUUUGAAUGAGUUACAGACAUCGACAAAGGUGAAAAUUCUCACAGAUUCGAGCAAAAAAGUGAAAAGUAGUGGAAGCCCAAAGACAAAAAAUAAACUCUUAGUGUCAAAAAGUUCGAAAAAAUCAUCGGGAAAAUCAAAAGACGCGAGUCAAGUCGAACAUUAUACAAACACAAAUAUCACAAUUGUCGAAACGAAGGGCUUGACACCGAAAACCAUCAUCCCGAGUAUUCCAAAAGCACAAAAACCCGCCGUAGUGUCAGUCGGAUCGCAGUCUCCGAGUCAAAUCUCUCAGGGAAAUCGUCGAAUCGAGAAGAAAAGUGAAAGUAUAUCAAAUUUAUUAACUACUUCGACGACAUCAAACUCCCAAUUGCCAACGCCAAAGCCUGUUGCAACGGUAAAAGGCACGACAAAGCCUCCCCUUGCUUCAUCGCCAACCCAUACUGUCACGUUAUCUAAUGAAUCGCCGCAAAAAGCUCAAACUCCAACAAUGACGGAUUCUGCCAAAUCUAAUAAUUCGAGCGAAUCGAGCGUUUUAUGUGCCCCCAACAAUAACAACAUUAAAGCUACGAAGGAAGUGACGACACCAGAUGUUUGGCAGCAGCAACAAUCGAAAUUAGUCGCCGCCGGUACAACGAAAGGUAGUCCACGUAAAGUAGUUAACGGCGAGAAUGCAAACAAUAUCACGUUGCCCGUUGCUGUGGCGCAAAAUGUCGUCAAUGGCAAUAAAUCAUCCGCUUCGCCGACUGUAUUGCCGAUGAGACCAUUGUUACGUGGCUACAAUAAUCGCGUAACGUUACCGCGAAACAUGAAGACCGGUCAAUUACACGCGGAUUUUUGCGAAGAUUUGCGACAACAGGGCUACAACAGUGACAGCGACUCGCCAUUGAUGAAAUCCGCACAACGAACGCGAUACUCCGAUGUCGAAAGUGGAUACAUGUCCGAAGGAGGUUCGUCACAAUUCAUGAGUUUACUACGAAAUAGAUCGCAGUUGCCGACUACCAUUGAAGAAAAGUGA